UACUGCACGAGAGAUAAAACCCUGUAAACCAGCCAGUUCAGUCAGCGUCAGCCUCGAGAUCAAACCUCUCUCCCUCUAUAACCCAGACAAUCGUCAAAAUGGGCGACCCAUACUCCACCUCCUCCCCACCCCCACCAGCGCAGCAGCAACCGCAGCAGUCUGACUAUGACUACAACUACAACUACCACUACAAUGCCCCGCCGCCUACCGCCUCUUCAUCCUCCGCUUACCAUGACCAGUACCCCCCGACCUACCAACAACAGCACUACGGCCAUACCUCGCAAUACGAUGUAUCCCAGAUCCCCCGCUCCCAUCCCGACGAAGCGGGCGGAGCUUUGGUCCCAGGCCCAGAUCAGCAGCAGCACUAUGACUACGACCACGACCGUCUAGGCCCGCAAUAUGAGCCUCCGCCUCCGCCUCCGCCCCACGGGUACGGGAUCGUACGGCAGGGGAGUAAUGCGGAGUAUUACAACCAAUCCCACCACGACGACCUCUCCCAGUCCCAAAACCCACCACCGUCCCAACCAGACGACGAGGGUGUCGGCCCCGAGUCCACUGACCGCGGCCUGGGGGGUGCCAUCCUCGGUGGUACAGCGGGUUAUUACCUGGGCCAUAAGAAGAGCCACGGCUUGCUCGGAGCGGUGGGCGGGGCAAUUCUGGGUAGUUUGAUGGAGAAUAAAUUGAAGGGGGCGGGGAGGAAAGAGGAUCAUGGUGGUGGUGGUGCUGCUGGGGGAAGUCACUAUAGUGGGAGUGACGAUGAAAGGGGGAGUCAUUAUAGUCAUGGUCAUAGUCAUCGGAGUAGUCAUAGCCAUAGUCAUAGUCAUAGCCAUAGCCAUCACCGGCAUGAGCAUGGGCAUGGGCAUGGGCAUGGGCAUCAUCACCAUCAUCAUCACCAUCGGCAUCAUCGGAGUUCGUCGAGGAGGAGUGGUUCGAGGGAGGGGGAGGGGGAGGGGUAUGGGUAUGGUAGUCGAGAGGGAGAGGGGGAGGGGAGGUAUUGAUUGAUGGGAGAGAGGUUGGUAGUUUGUUAAAUAUGCUGUUGGAGAUUGGGCUUUGUUUGUGGAUGAUGAGUAUUUGUUGAUUUAUGGACAGUCCUUGGUGGUUGACGCAAUUGAUUGUUGUCCUGCUGAUGUCUAUGGGGGAAGUCUCUUGCUUGAGCACUUGUCACGUAGUGAUGGUGGCGAGAAGGGUUGAUAGAUCUAUUAAAGCCUAUUAGUGAAU